GCGGCGGUUUACGACAGUGUGUUGCGACACUGCACACAGCUUCUGUGCGCCCUGCUUCGAGAUGGCUUCGUCGUUCUGGAAAAGUGUUGUCGGCAUUGGACUUUUUGCCUUAGCCCAUGCAGCUUUUUCGGCGGCACAGCAUCGAUCAUACAUGCGGCUCACAGAGAAGGAGCACGAGACGCUGCCAAUUGACAUUGUAUUGCAGACCUUAUUAUCGUUUGUGAUGACCUGUUAUGGUAUCGUCCAUAUUGCUGGAGAGUUCAAAGACAUGGAUGCUUCCUCAGAGCUGAAAAACAAAACUUUUGACACACUGAGGAACCACCCAUCCUUUUACCUUUUCAACCACCGAGGUCGAGUGCUUUUCCGCACGCCAGAGGAGGAGGAGCCCUCCUCCGUACGCAACCAGCAGGCUCUUCCCAAUCCCAUUCGGCUACGCAAGCUGGAGCAUUUGCACUGAGACUGGUCUUCCCUGCCUGUAACAUUCGCAUCGGUCAGAUAGGAUUUGUUUUUUGUUAGACAGAGGGGGAGGAGACUGAAAAUCCACCUUCCUCGACUUUAAUUUUUAUGUGUAAAUAAACUAAUAAUGCUGUCCAAAAAUGCAUCUCUGUACGUAAAGUGGUUACCACUAUAUUCAACAUUGACUGUGCCAACCCUUCUUUUUUUUCUUCGUUUUACAAGCAGACUUGUUUGUAUGUACAGUAUAUAAUCGCUUUGGAGUCUUAAAAUACUGAGACAUCUGCCCCUUUUGUCCCUCCGAACUGAGUAGGGACACUGCUGUCCUUUGUAUAUCUUUUGUAUGAGGGGUAAAAAAAAAAUGUUUUGUUACCGUUUCAUUUCAACUACACAUUGGUCAUUAGUAGCUGUCCAUGCAAAACCAUCACUGAAACACAUGGUAGGAAACUGAAGACUAUUUCCUGGAAGCGUGGAGGUGCAGUACUUCCUGUGUGAAAAGGUUCAGUUUCAUCCUGCAGGAAAUCAGUUCAAGGUGAGAAGUGAGAGCAGGAAAUGUCAGUCAUUCUAAUGAUGCUGCGAACAGUUAACAGAAAGAAAUGGUACAUUUAUCUUGGAUGAGUUUUGGUUUUUCUCCAUUUUUCAUUUUGUUAAGAGUCUUCAGAUUGUUUUUAAUUUAAUAAAAGUAAAACUGGU